GGAACACAAAAUAAACUAUCACUUUUGUCUCUUUCUCUCUAGUUUGAUGUCAAUCUAUGUAUUAAAUUCAUUGAUUUUCUGAGUCCAAUUGAAAUUUGAGAUAGAGAAAGUGUUGAAGUUUUCGUAAUUGUUUUCCUUUAUGGAUACGUAUAUUGUUCAUGAGGUAAAAAGCAAGGAGGAAGGCCAGUGGGAGAAGGAAAAUUAGAGAAGGAUUCCGUAUAAGUUGUGUAAACAUCAAAUCUGAAUUAAGCAGAAGAAAAAGGAACAAUUAUAAUUUUUGCAAACUUCUCUGCAUAAAUUUUCAUCUUCGUUUCCGUAUUUGCUUGAUUGACGAAUAACGAUGUCGAUAAUCAGUGAAUCAGUUAUGAUGAAAGCGGCUGAAGCACAAACAGUAAAAGCAAAACUUACAGUGCCGAUGGAGGUUGAUUUCGCCAAAUGCGAGUGCUGUGGUUUGACGGAGGAAUGUACUCUGUCGUAUAUAGAAACAAUCCGGCAGCGGUACCAAGGGAAUUGGAUUUGUGGAUUGUGUGCUGAGGCUAUCAAGGACGAGAUCAUUCGAUGUGAGAUGUUGAUUACUGCUGAAGAGGCAUUGAAUCGUCAUCUCAAUUUCUGUAAGAAUUUCAGUUCGUCUCGUCCGCCUUUGAAUCCGACUGUUCACUUAAUCGAUGCGAUGAGGCAGAUUUUGAGGCGGAGUUUUGAAUCUCCGAAAUUGCUUAGGUCGAUGUCUAGUAGUCCGGCGGAGAAUAGCGGAGAGAUGAAGCACACGGUGAUUGUUCGAUCGGAAAGUUGUAUCCCUGCAAUUUCUUUGGUGGAUUCGAGUUCGUUUCAUGCUAUGGGAUUGGAUGGAGGUUGUGAAUGAAACAAAACAGAGCAAAUCUGCAGUUUGUUUUAUGGAAUGGAAUAGUUGUAGCUCUAAAUUAACUGUUGGUCAUGCUUUUCAAUUGUUAUAUUUACUACUUGUCCAACAGAUUUUUGCAGUUUUGAUUAGCUUUCCUUAUGUAUCCUGUAAAUAUUUAUUUAUGCGAAACCAUCUUUUAGCUAAGCUAUAAUCUUGCCUCUCUUGAAAUUUGUGUGGUUCUAAUGUAUAAAGGAGUUGUGCCGAUGCAACAAUGAGGAG